CAACGUUACGUAUCAAUAUUUCUGAAACGGACAUUUUACCAUUGCUGCAAUGUUGCUGAAACAUUGUUGAAGCAAUAUUUUGCAAUACUGUACUACAUGGAAUGUCUUCGCUGGCUAGAGAAGACAUAUAUUUUCGCGCGAACUAAGUGGCUGCCGCCCGUUAAACUCCGAUUAUACAUACAUAUCUAAUCCGUUUAAUCGUAUUAGGCGAUAAGAACGAAUGAUACUCGCGUUCGUUCUCUCCGCCUUGGCGGCUUCUCCGCUUGAGAAGCUUGCUCGAGAGGGGCACGCACAUACACAUAGACGCUGUUUACCUCCUCCUCCUCCUCCUUCUCUUCUCCCGUCCAACUUGUCGCGCAAGAUCUCGGAACGGACGAUUCGUCGUUCGCUCGUGUCCCAGUUGGAUAAAGAGCACGUGUCUCACCGCGUAAUAGUGAUUUCAUUACCGGCCCGCAUGGAGCCAUGUAGAGCAACAUCUGUGCGCCGAAACGCCGGCAACGCUGAAAGGGACGUCGUGGGUCAUGCCGAUGAGACCGAGGGGAUCUUCUGGGAUCCGUCGUGCGUCAACAAUCGCAACGCGAGGAAUCAGAAUCAUGUACGACAACUGCAAGAAGAGUUGGCACAAGCCACCGUAAAAGUACGCGAAUUAGAAUGCGAGCUAAAGCACGUUCAGAAGGUGAACAACACGUCCUUCAAGGAUGAUAUAUCCGACGGGCAUCAGAAGGCUGAGGUCGUGCGAGCGAAGCAAGACAUGCUGAACCGCAUAAUACAAAUGGAAGAAAAGACUCGAGAAGCAGAACGAAACGCUAAACAUAUCCAAUUGGACGAAGCUAGCCUUAUCAAUGAUUUUCGUUCAGUAAUAUCGAAGUUAAAUUCACGCGAGAAGUUCGAGUUAAUCAACGGAGCGCUGAAAGCUUUGCAAAUCGAAAACGAGACUCAUGAAAAAAUCAAGGAUCAUGAAAAAUCCGACGAAGAACUCGAAAAAAUCAGUGGCCUCGAAUACAAUUGCUCGGCUGUUAAACAUACAAAUUCGCAACAAUACAAGAUGCAUGAUACAGUUGAAGAACUUUCGAUCGAUAAAGAGGAGAUGUUACAGAAGAGAAUAGAGGAGCUUCAAAAUGAAAAUAAAUAUCUUCUGGACUCUAUGGAAAAAUUGGACGAGGAACAUGCGCAGUCGAUUGAGGAACUAUUGUCACUUAAAGAAGAAAGUAAUAAGAAUCAUCGCUCUUUACAAAAUGCGUACGAACAACUUACCAUAGAUUACAAUGAGGCCCAAACAAUAAUAGCUCAAUUGCGACACGUGUCAAACCACGAUAAAAAUACAAAAACUAUUCAUCAGUUCGUUCAAACAGAUAAUACAGAUAAAUCGGACAAAUACGUUCAAAUAACAGUUUCUUCGCAAGAAAAUAAUGUGAUCUCGGAAACAAACAUUCUAGACGAUAUUACUGAAAAAGUUAAAACGAUUUUAAAGAACUCUACCAUAAGUAGCAUUGAACCGGGAGAAUCGAUAUUCGAAGCUGUCGCGAAACAGUACGUCGACACUAAAUGGAAGCUGGAUAUUUUGGAAAGAAAGGUGACGGAGGUUACUAGAGAUCUGAAGGAGACCGAAGAGAUGAAAGACGGCUUGCAAAUGGAAUGCGAAGAGCUGCAAUCUCAUAUCGAUUCGUUAUUAUUAGAGAAGAAUAUGAGAAUGAAAGGGCCGUGCCAGGGCUUAGAACCAAAUUUGCCAUCUAUUCCCGAGGCAAGCGACGAACGAGUGGCUUCUCUAGAAAAUGACGUUGAAUUUUUACAGGAAGAAGUGAAACGCCUGACGGCUGAGAAGAAAAUGAUACGAGAAACAAGUUCAGCUCCGACGCUUGCUGUACAAAGUAACGAAGUGCCUUUAAUAGACAACGAUGACUCACAUGGAGUUAUAAAUCGCAAAUUACAUACAUUUAUAGAGGAAGAUGAAGAGCUUCCAAUAGCUUUAGAAAAGAACUCAAACGAACAAGUAACGUCGGUCGAGCAAUUGAAACUCGAUCAUGAAAACGUGACGGAAGAACUAAAGCUGUCGGUAUCGAGAACGGAACUGUUAGAAACUAAUGUUGCAUUUUUGCAGGACACUGUAAAUAGAUUGGCAGAAGAAAAUAAAGAUUUGUUACAGAAGAAUAAGCAGUUGGAUAUGCGAUUACACGACAAGAUUCUGCAAGAAAAUGACCUACAAGAAGAGAGUGAUAAUCUGCUGGAAAAUUUUCGGGCACACCUCGAUAUGGCCAAUUGCGAAAAAUUAGAAUUGGAAAGUGACAUUUUAAGUAAAGUAGAAGAAUUGGACGCGAUGCAGAAUGAAGUUGAAACGAGACAAUCUGAAAUAGCAAAAUUGAGUCAGGAUAAUGAUAGGUUAAUUAAAAAAAAUGCAUCUCUGUCAGAGCAGUUAAGCGCUAUGCACGAUGAAUCCUUGGAUAAGAUAGAGCUGUUGAACACAGAAAUGUCGUUGCUUCAGCAAGAGCAUGAAGAUUUGAAACAGGAGGUGUUGAUUUAUAAAGAAGAGUUGCCCGUACUGAAGGAAAAGUUAUACAAGUCGCAGCAGCGUUACACAGAAUUGGAAAACGAAUAUUAUGUGUUAAAGAUGCAAAACGAGCAAAUUGAAUCAUAUAAGAAAGAUGUUCAAAAUCAAACGACAGAAGGACUCGGGAAUGAAUCGAGUCUUAAAGAGCCGUUGAUCAAAGAAUUGGACUUGUUACGAAACAGAUGUCAUCUGUUAGAACAAGAAAUAGAAAUGCUUCGUGCUAAAGGAACACAGGAGUAUCAAAAAAAUGCCGCGGAGAUAUCUUCGGUAAACAGAGACAGAACUAAUACAGCGGGAGAGCUUUCAGCUGCUGAAGAUAACUUAAUCGGAAUGGAAAACACAAUUACGAACGUGAAAGUAGAAGAGCACGAUCUAAUGGCGAGAGAUACGAAUGUAACAUCGAGCGAACGACAAAUGUUUAGAUCAAUUGUCGAUGGAGAGAGGCGAGAAAAAGAUAUCGUAAAGGCGCACAACAAAAAUUUAAUGGAUGAAAUUGACGAAUUGCGAAACAAGUUGCAAAUCUCUUUAGAGAAUAACAAAGAAUCAGCUGAGAUGGCUAAACAAACUAUUGAAGAUCUCUCUCACAUCAUUCGAGAAAAAGACCAGGAGAUAAACGUUUUACAAGCUGAGAUAACUCAGGCGAAGAACAUUAUCGCGCAAUCUUCGAGUGACCUUGCCGCGAUCCAAAAUCAGAAGAGUGAAGUCGAACAAUUUGUUUCCAUUAAACAUAACGAAAGUUUACAAUAUCAAAACGAGAUUCAAAAAUUGAUACAACGCGUGAAUGAACAAGCGGCUCACAUCCAGCAAUUAAUUUCCGAACAAACGGCAAACGAGAUGUGCAAUAAGGUGAACGUAGAAAAUCAGCAAGGAGGCCACGACGGGAUCGAAUAUUCCAGACGGAAUACCGAAAUAGUGGCUUUAAAUAAAAAAUGCGACGCUUUAGAAGCUGCUCUGAUGCAAGAACAGACCAACACUAAAAUCUUGCAGAACCAGCUUACCGAGAUUCAAAACAAGGAGGCUAACUCCGCUAAAGAAUUGGAAAGACUGAGAACGCACUUGGUCGAAAUGGAAGCGAGUUAUACGGAGGAGGCCCUAAUCGCUGAGAAUAAUCGUCAGGAAUUGGAAGCGAGACUAUUGCAGGCUGAAGAAAAAGUAAAAAGCAGCUCAACUGCCUUCACAUCGGCGAACAUCAGGGCUAAUCAACAGGUGGAGACGUUGCAGCAACAAAUAGCUUUGAUUACUCAACAGAGAGAUCAGAUACAGGCGAAAUUAUCCGCUGCCGAGGACAACAUUCAGCUGCAAUCUGCUUCUUUGACCAACUUGCAAAUAGUUUUGGAACAAUUUCAACAAGAUAAAGAACGCGACAUCAUGGCGGCUACAGAAAGACUUCGAUCCCGACUCACUGAGUCAUACGAGAAACAAGAUAAAUUAUCAGAUGACAUUUCGAAUCUUCAGCAACAGUUACGUGAAGCUAGAGAAUGCUUGAAAGCUGCCUCUAGAUUAAGCGAGCAACUCGAAAGAAAGGACGAACAAAUCGAGCGAGCCAAUGAGGAAGUGAUACAAUUGACAGCGGCCUUGAAUUCCGCUGACCAAAAGAUGAAAGAGGCAACGAAACAUGAUGAGGGAAAAGUCGACAAAGAUCUCAUCAAAAAUCUUCUUUUGGGUUACUUGUCCUCGACCACGUCGGACAAGUCUUCGAUCCUCAGAGUCUUCGCCAACGUCUUGGACUUUACCGAGUCGGAGAAAGAUAAGACCGGUUUGAACAGCGUGACGGCGCACGGCAGUCGUCAAGCCAACAAAAACAGCAGCGCCUCUUCAAAAGAUCAGGAAGCAUCUUUGUCAAUGGCCUUUGUGAGAUUUCUAGAAAGCGAAUCCAAGCCGAAGCCUCAGUUACCGGCUUUGCCGAUCGUGGAUUCACCUUCAACGCGACCAGGAUAUAAUAAACAACAGUCAUCAUCGUCAUCGGCGCAAUCUACAUUACUGUUGUCCAACAUUGCUCUUCCAACAUUCCCAGACUUUAUUCCAGCCAGAAAUACGGGAUCUAUUUUGAAGGAGGUGCUAAAGGACAGUUGAUAUUAAGGACAGUGAAUUAAACACAUUGUACAAAUAACAUUAGAAACUAUAAUACAUUCGAUUGCAUUUUA